AUGUCUGCUAAAGAACGUCGACGUCGACCACCACCUCCAGCUAAAGUGAAAUUAGCAUUUGGAAAUGAUGAUGAUGAUGAUAAUAAUAAUAUUCAGGAAAAACAGAAUCAUAAAGAAAUAUUAGAAGAAACGAAUUCAAUAUUACCUAAUCCAACUAUAGAUAAAAAUACUAAUGAUGUUAAUUCAGAAAAAUUUUGUGAACGAGUCUUGUUUACAGUUCAUAAUAUUACUGUUGAAAUCGUAUUAGAAAAUGAAACAUUAAGUUGGUCAACUGUAGCAGGCGAAACUCCACAUAGUGAAACCAGUCGACGAAAAUCUGCAAAUAAAGAUAAUGCAAAUUCAGUUAAUCUUCAAAAUAUUUAUGCAGUUACACCACUUCAUACUCAUCAAAAUUGGUCAUUAGGAGGUGAAAACAUGUCUGGUACUUCUGUAUCUACGUUAAAUACUAUUAGUACACCAGCAGUACUCUCGUCAACUUUAACUCAAGACUCAGUUUUACGUGGUUUUCAAUUGCAUUCUUAUCAAACUAUGCAAGAUGGUAUUUUACAAGAAAUGCUUAUUAUAUUUCAAAGUAGUCAACCUGAUCAAGUCGAACGAUGGUAUCAAUUAUUAUCAAAGAUUGUUUAUGAACGUAGACCAUCACGUCAUAUUCUUGUUAUGUUGAAUCCAUAUGCUGGUCCAAGACGUGCUAGACAUACAUAUUCGACAAAAUGUGUUUAUUUAGAAAUUGAUGAUCAAUGUAGUGCUGAUGAAGCAUUAGAGAAUUUUGAAGGUGAUUUUGAUUCAAUAGAUGGUUUAGUUAUUAUUGGUGGUGAUGGAUCAGUAAUUAAUGCUAUCAAUGCAUUAAUUCGUUAUUUAACAAAAGAAAAUCGAACUCGAUUAGAUAUGGAACAUGAUUUACCAUCAAUACCUUUUCCAAUAUGUAUUGUUCCUGAUGGUACAACAAAUAUUCUUUGUAAUACAAUACAUGGCAAUACUGAUCAUUGUACGCCUAUGUUACAUUUACUUUUUAAUCAACAAAUGAAAAUUGAUAUGUCAGCAAUAUUUGAUAUUGAUUAUAAUUUUGUUACUGCAAAUUUUAGUUCUGGUGCUGGUUAUCCAGCUAGUGUUUUGAAAUAUUUUCCACGUUAUAAUUUACAUAGUACAAAAACUAUAAUUAAAAAAUCAUUUGCAAAAGCAGCUUCAAAUAAAAAUUUACAACCAAUUGAAAUGGAAAUAAGAUAUAUUCCAGUGUAUCAAGAUACUGGAUCGAUGAGUCGUUGCUAUCGAGGUUGUCCAUCAUGCACUCCAGCACCAGAAGAAAAAAGUGAUGAUCAAGUCAAAACUUUUGACAAUUUUCAUGUACAACAAAUCAAUAGACGAAAAAAAUCAUCGUCAUGCUUAAAUAAUGAUCAUAAUAAUAAUCGUUUAUCAUCGGCUGGAAAAAAUUUGAAUCAACCUAAUGAAAAAGAAAAAAAUUGGAAAAUACUUCAAAAUGAAUAUUUACAAGUAGCUAUACUAACAAAUGCUAAUUUAUGGUCAUUUGCACCACAAGGUUUAUCAAAAUUUGGUCAUCUAGCUAAUGGUUUACUUGAUUUAAUUUUAAUUGAACCAGUUGUACGUAAAGAAUUUCUACGUUAUGUUAGACGUAAUGGAAAUUCAAAAGAUCAGUUUGAACUUCCAUUUGCAAAGUUAAUUAAAGCAAAAGAAGUUGAAAUUGAACUUAAAUCAUCAAUUGAUAAUUUUUUCAAUGAGAUAUCAAAUACUGAUAAUCAUUUAGAUUCAUCAUUGUCAGAUGAUUCAUCCAAUGAGGAUAUGUCUGAUAAUGAAAAUAAACCAUCCGGUUUACAACGACAUGAACCUCGUCCACCGAGUGCGCCUAUGUCAGAAGAUACUCGACGUCAUCGUCGUCGUCAUCAUCGCAUAAGUGAACAAAUACCAGAAUCUUCUCAAUAUGGUCCUCAAUUAUCGAAAAAUAUGGACUCGUCAGCAGUUCGUUCAAAAAAUCGUCAACAACAACAAUCCGAAAAUGAUACAGAUAGUCCACAAAUUGAUCCAUAUGGUUCAACAACAUCACUUCGUCGUAGUGGAAUUUUUCAAUCAUUAAAAUUGAAAAAAGAUAAAAUACGUUUACCACGUCCAUCUAGUGCUCGUGGAGGAGAACCUGAUGAUGAAAAACAACAAAAAAAAAGUCGAAAAUCAACUGGAGGAACUCUUCGACCAGCAAGAUCAUUGCUAAAUCUAUUAUCGAGUGGUCAUUCGUCAUCAGGAAAAACUGAUAAAUCGUCAACAAAUUUAUCACGUGAUUCAUUUUCUUUUGAUAUGAAAAGAAGACCAUCAGUGAUUAGUCGGUCAUCAAGUGUCGACAAUGCAAAAAUAUCAAAUGCUAAUCAUUCAUCUCGAAAUAAGAAAAGACCAUGUAUGUGGAAUUUGGAUUUUAGUCCAUAUAAUUCAUCCUUAAUAAGAAUUAAAUGUUUUUAUAGAUAUUUACCAGUUUAUGGUGUUGGUCUUGAUCCACAAACGAAGUGCACAGAAGUCAACUAUUCAUGUUUUGGACGACUUGGAUAA